AUGGCGGACGCAUUGAAAGAAGCCUUCUUUACAAUUGACAAGGAUCGCACGGACAAGAUCACGAUGGAUGCCCUCGAGCAGUACCGUCGUGAUAAUAACCUUGACGACUUCUUCAUAGAUCGUUGGAAGAAACUUUUCGACCCCGAGAAUACUGGUGUCAUAACUUUGCAAACCUUCUGCGAUGUGCUGGGUUUGGAACUCGCUGAAGUCCAGGAGGAGCGUGUUAAAUUCGUGUCCACCGUUGCGCCUUCUGUGCUUCCAACGCUCCCAUCGGAAAUUCUUCAAAUCGCAGAGGAUAUGGACCUUCAGCGACGACUUGAGAUAUUUGAGCUCGUGAAAGAGGCGGAGGAGAAGAACGGAGACAAUGAGAGGGUAUGCUUUGCCUUCUCUGGGCCCCUCAACUUUGCCGUUUACCUAAAUAUUCUUUUAAAGAUGGCAGUUUUACUCUUACGGUAUGAUUUAAAUGUCAAUGCCACUAAAACCUGA